GUUCGAAUGUGUCUCUUGCGUGCGCGCAGAACGAUCUAUAGUCGAGUGGCACGUCCGUCGGCGGGAGUCCGUUAUCCGGCGUCAGGUUACGGCCACGUCUAUAUAAGACCGUCGCGUCUUCUUCACCAUUUCAUUCCGUUUGAGACGCUUGGUCGACUGUGUGGCCCGUGUCGACUCGCGCUCGUCUCCGGCCCGUACCGCGCCGGUCUCCACAAGUUCCUCCCAUUCAUUGCGCGUGCGUCCGUUCAGGUCGAGUGCUCGCAUAGUUCCCGGACACAGUUCAGUUUUGUGAACACUUGAACAUUAUCUCGUGACACACUUGAAGAAAGUGAAGCGUGCCGUUAAACUCAGGAUUUGUGCCUUGAGUGGAAAAUACCAAUUCUACACCAAACGGAACAGGUGGCUUCGUCGGCAUGAAGGGUGGAGGGCUGCGCUUGGCGCGGCUAGCGCUUCUGUUACUGCAGGCUACCUUUGUCAUCAGUCGGACCGCGUUCGAAAAGCUGACGGAUGUUGACUUCGCGGGAACAGCUUAUUACACAGUGCGCAAUCUAUCGCUGUACGAGUGCCAGGGAUGGUGUCGCGAGGAACCCGACUGCCAAGCCGCUUCCUUCAGUUUCGUGUUGAACCCGUUGACUCCGGUACAAGAAACACGAUGCCUGCUGCAGAACGACACGCAGGCCAACAACCCUAUGGCGACUCCCCAGCGUUCGGUGAACAUGUACUACAUGGUGAAGCUGCAAGUGCGCACUGAAAGCGUGUGCCUGCGACCCUGGGCGUUCGAGCGAGUGCCCGGCAAGGCGCUGCGGGGGCUUGACAACUCCGUCAUCUACACCUCCACCAAAGAGGCCUGCCUCGCCGCCUGCCUCAACGAGAAAAAGUUCCCGUGUCGAUCUGCGGAGUACGAGUACGGCAGCAUGCGCUGCUCGCUCAGCGACUCGGACAGGCGCACGGCGCAACACUUUGUGCAGCUCGUGGACACGCCCGGCACCGACUACUUCGAGAACUUGUGCCUGAAGGCGUCUCAGGCGUGCAAGGGGCAGCGAGUGUUCACCGCGCCGCGCGUCGGCGUCGCCGAGGACAAGGUGGCCCAGUAUGCUGGCCUGCACUACUACACCGACAAGGAAUUGCAGGUGACAUCCGAAGCUGCCUGUCGACUGGCAUGCGAAAUUGAGUCGGAGUUCCUGUGUCGAUCAUUCCUGUAUAUGGGCCCUCCCCACUCUGCUGCGUACAACUGCAGACUGUACCACCUCGACCACCACACUCUGCCCGACGGACCCUCCGCUUACCUCAACGCCGAGAGACCGCUCAUCGAUGACGGCGAACCGAUUGGAAAAUACUUCGAGAACUUCUGUGAAAAACCGCCCAACAAUGCCAACCCUCCUGGCGAGCUUCCAGUGACGAUUGAUCAUCAACAAGACACGAACAUGGCGAGCAACUUGACUAGGAACGAUGCUAACUGCGACAAAACUGGAACUUGUUACGACGUAUCGGUACUCUGUAAGGAUACUAGAAUCGCGGUGCAAGUUCGCACUAACAAGCCUUUCAAUGGACGUAUCUACGCUUUGGGACGUUCAGAGACUUGCAACAUUGAUGUUGUCAACAGUGACUUAUUCCGACUCGACCUCACCAUGGCUGGCCAAGACUGCAACACACAAAGUGUCACUGGAGUGUAUUCCAACACCGUUGUCCUGCAACACCACAGCGUAGUGAUGACGAAAGCGGACAAGAUUUACAAAGUCAAGUGCACGUACGACAUGAGCUCGAAGAACAUCACAUUUGGAAUGGUACCAAUCAGAGACCCGGAGAUGAUCUCCAUCACUGCCGCGCCGGAAGCCCCGCCACCACGCAUCCGCAUUCUGGACGCGCGCCAACGCGAGGUGGAGACCGUGCGCAUUGGAGACAGGCUUACCUUCCGUAUCGAGAUUCCCGAAGACACUCCUUAUGGCAUCUUCGCCCGCAGCUGUGUCGCUAUGGCUAAGGAUUCUAAGAGCACAUUCCCGAUUAUUGACGACGAGGGUUGCCCACUGGACCCAUCGAUCUUCCCAGCAUUUACUCCGGAUGGCAAUGCUCUCCAGUCCGUGUACGAAGCCUUCAGAUUCACCGAGUCCUACGGUGUCAUAUUCCAAUGUAACGUCAAAUACUGUCUCGGAGCUUGUGAACCGGCGGUGUGCGAAUGGGGUCGCGAUUCUUUGGAGUCAUGGGGCAGAAAGAAGCGUUCGUUGCCCCACAACGAGACCGAGGCGCACAGUCAAGAAGAGGAUAUGAACAUCUCGCAAGAAAUCCUAGUGUUAGACUUUGGUGACGAGAGACAGAGCACUGACUUCCUUCGCUCAGAUAAACCUGGAGGAGUAGCAUCUGAAGCCAACUUCGGAGAAAAAACAGUGACAAUCGUGGAGCCUUGUCCCAGCAAGGCGUCCGUACUGCUGCUGGGCGUGGCUUGCGCCCUGCUGGUGCUGCUCUACAUCGCGACCAUCUUCUGCUACUACCUGCGCAAGUGGCUCGCACCGCCCAAGCACAUGUCAUAAUUGCACUUAACAUAUUGAGGCUAUGUUCACACACGAUGCGUCGUCGUGAACAUGUGAUACAGAUGACUGACGAACACAACAAACGUUAUUCUCAGACAACAUCCGUCCAUUUAGAUUAAGUUCCGUGAAUACUGUCGUGGUGUAUAGAUUCGGAAAA